AUCUGAUUCCCUGCGGCGAAUAUAUGUCUCUUCGAGAUCCAUUCCUUGCUUUGAUUCCCUUUUUCUUUUCAAGGUCACUUGAUGUUUUUUUGUUCGGUCAGGAAAGGGACGAAUAUUCAUAUAAGAAAUUUAUUUUCCUUCACCAAAGCCGUGAUACUCAAUCGGAGUUACAAUAUCAUCAUCGUCAGCAGUAGCAGGAAAUAGGCCGGAAAAUGGCUCCGCCGAGGAAAAAUAUACCUGAGCUCGCGCACGACCCGCACGACGAGGCACCGUAUGAUCUGCUUGAUCAACUAUCUCCCGUGGGAGACUGGGCUGAAGAAAUGGCCGAGUAUCCCGAAGAUCAGCGCAGUCCUGUUACUCCCUCUGAACACGAUGGGCUAGAAACCAAUGACAAGGGCGAAGAAGACGACAUCAACGGCGCAGGAGGUGCCCCUGAUGAUGAUAUACCCAGUCGACAUGUCGGUCGAACAAGGGGCAAAUGGGAUCCUAUCGAGUAUACCGCCGAAGACCUACACGCUUGGGAAAAGAAAUGUCAUAAUAUGAGUCUUCCAGAUGAGGAGGUAUGCAUUUGCUCUCAUACCAUGCUCUCUUCCAUUACCUCUCCAUUACCCCUUUUUCCCCUUCUCCACAGACCUACAAUGGAAAAAGAACAUGAAAUAAAAUCCAAAACAAAACUAAAAAAAUCUUACAACCCCCAACCCUAUCCGAUUCCACAAUGAUUUAAAAAACGUAUAUCCCAUUCUAACACCCCAACUUACACAGAGACACCAAUCCUACCGAUCCAUCCUCUCCGCAGCCGCCACCCCGCACACCCCCGACGACACCUCGACCCUCAGCGCGCGUCUCAGCGCCGUCCGUCUCGCCUUCGAAACCUACUACCUCUUCGCCAAGGACGAAAGCGUGCGGCAGCUG